AUGAACGCGUCAUCUGCCAAUGUGACGAUGGUUAUCGAGUAUCGAGACUCCUUCUCUAAAGCUGUGACCAAGAAUGUGAUUGUCGUGGUGCUCGGGAUCUCCAUCAACUGCAUCAAUGCAGGCCUCAUUCACACCUUCUGCAAACACCAGAUCUUCUACAUGAAUCCUCGCUACAUCCUCUUCAUUCACCUGGUGUUCAACGACAUGGUCCAGGUGACACUGACCGUCAUCAUGUUUGUCAUCAGCUACAUCUUCUAUAAAAUAAAUGUCUCCAUCUGUUGCGUCUUCAUCCUGAUUGCGCUUUUCACCACUGAAAACAGCCCUCUGAACCUGGCUUGCAUGGCGGUGGAGUGCUACAUCGCCAUCUGCGUUCCCCUUCGCCACGUGCAGAUCUGCACCAUCAAGAGAACGUUAAUGCUGAUUGGUUUAAUCUGGGUGACAACCGUGCUGUCUGUUCUUCCUGAUCUGUUCAUCACUUUGGCCACACAGCCACUGGGCUUCUUUCACUCCCAGGUGUUCUGCCUCAGACAAACUGUCUUCCCAAAUCCCAUCAUCAUCAAGAAGAGAGAUAUCACAUAUUCAGUGUUUCUAGUUAUAGUUUGGAUCACUAUCUUUUACACUUACUUCAAGAUCCUGUUCACUGCAAAAACAGCUAGCAAAGAUGCUAAAAAAGCCAGAAACACUAUCCUCCUCCACGGGUUUCAGCUGCUGCUGUGUAUGGCUUCAUAUGCAACCCCGCAGCUGAAAGAUGCUCUGCAGCAAUGGUUCCCUGAGAAUUACACAGACUCCCUCUUUGCUUCCUAUAUUAUAGUACAGAUCCUGCCACGAUCUAUUAGCUCAAUUAUCUAUGGAAUUCGAGACAAUACUUUCAGGAAGUACUUGAAAAGGUAUCUGUUGUGUAAAGUCAGCAUACCGUAA